UGGCCUGAGCCAAGGGGAGUCCCAAAAGGGCAGUAGGCGGGCUGAGCUGCGCCUUUCUCUCAUUGGAUGAUUUUGGCAGCUUCCUUUUUUCCUCCUCCCGGGCCCGGCGGGAAGUCCUGUGACCCGGGGCCCCCUUAGCCUCUAGUCCUAGAUCCUGGUAGGGGAGCUGGGGGCCGAACAUGGAGCUGCGCCGGCUGGAGCAGACCUGGUGCCUGCUGGCGCUGCUGGCGGCGCUGAUAACCCGGGCCCGCCCCGCGCCGAACCUGGGACUGUGGCCCCUGCCGCUCUCGGUGGAGAUGUCCCCGCGCCGUCUGCUCCUGGCCCCCCAGCAAUUCAGCAUCGACCACGACCCCUCUUCCAAGGUCAGCAGGCCCUGCAACCCCCUGCAAGACGCAUUUCGGCGAUACUAUACGUAUAUUUUUUAUGACAACAAGAGGCUUCAAGGUCCUGCUAAAUUUGAAAAUGGAACACAGUUACAGCAACUACUGGUCUUAGUGACUCAUGACUCAGACUGUAACUCUUUCCCCAAUAUUUCUUCAGAUGAGUCCUAUAAGUUGAAUGUGCAAGGACCGGUUAGCUUCCUCAGUGCCAACAGUGUCUGGGGUGCCUUGCGAGGCUUAGAGACCUUUAGCCAGUUGAUUUAUCAAGAUUCUUAUGGAGCAAUCAGCAUCAAUGAAUCCAGUAUUAUUGAUUCUCCAAGAUUUCCUCAUAGAGGUAUUUUAAUUGAUACAUCCAGACACUACCUGCCAGUGAAGCGUAUUUUAGAGACUCUGGAUGCCAUGGCUUUUAACAAGUUCAAUGUUCUCCACUGGCACAUAGUCGAUGACCAGUCUUUUCCGUACCAGAGCACCACUUUUCCCAGAGGACGCUAUUCUUUAUCUCAUGUGUAUACUCAAAAUGAUGUCCAAAUGGUGAUUGAGUUUGCUCGGUUACGAGGGAUUCGAGUCAUACCAGAAUUUGACACCCCUGGGCACACACUGUCUUGGGGUAAAGGUCAGAAAAACCUCCUGACUCCAUGCUAUAGUGAGGAGGUGCCAUCUGGGACGUUUGGACCUAUAAAUCCUAUCUUGAAUUCAACUUACAGCUUCAUUUCUGAUUUUUUUGCUGAAAUUAGUGAAGUGUUUCCAGAUGAAUUUAUGCAUGUGGGUGGAGAUGAAGUAGAUUUCACUUGUUGGCAGUCCAAUCCUGAAAUUGAAGCUUUUAUGAAAAGCAGUGGCUUUGAGAAAGAUUUCAAAAAAUUAGAAUCGUUCUAUCUUGAAAGGCUUUUGAACAUUGUUUCAAGCAAAAAGAAAAAAUCCAUAGUCUGGCAAGAUGUUUUCGAUAAUAAAGAUAAGCUUCAGCCAGGCACAGUGGUUCAAGUAUGGCGAAUGGAAAAAUAUUCUGAUCAUGAAGCUGAUGUCACAGCAGCUGGCUUCCAAGUGAUUCUUUCUAGCCCCUGGUACUUAGAUUAUAUCAGUUAUGGACAAGAUUGGAGAAAUUAUUACAAAGUGGAUCCUCUUGACUUUAGUGGUUCUCAGGAACAGAAACAGCUUGUCAUUGGUGGAGAAGCCUGUCUGUGGGGAGAAUAUGUGGAUGGAACUAACCUCACUCCAAGAUUAUGGCCUCGGGCAAGUGCAGCUGGUGAGAGACUCUGGAGUAACGAAAAUGUCCGAGAUUUAACUGAUGCCUAUGAUAGACUGACAGCUCACCGCUGCAGGAUGGUCAGGCGUGGAAUUGCCGCACAACCGCUUUAUGUUGGAUAUUGUGAUCAUCAGCUUAACGUGUAAAAAUGAAAGGAAUAAAAACAUAAUCAUGGGAAAAGUACCCAUUGUACUUUCUACUAUAACAUCAUUUUGAAAUUAUGUAAACUGCUUUUUAAUAAAGCUUAUUGAUUGAAUCUCUAACUUUUUAUCUAUUUUAUAUAUAGCCUUUUAUACUAUCUUUUCAAUAGUGUUUAAUAUUAUGCACCAGGCUAGGUCUUUAUUAGUAACAGUACCAAAUAUGUAGAAACAUAAUGUAAUUUAAGUACAACCAGUUUAUCUUUUGGCUGUUAUCAGGAAAGAUAAUACAUAACUAUGUGACUUAAAAAAAAUGGUGAGGGCCAGAAGGUCUGGUUCAGGAUAUGAAGCUUACCACAAAGAGUGGUAAGUGCAGUUAGAAAAAUAACUACACUAACAACUACCAUGACAAUAUUAAUGAGUAGGAGAAGUAGAAUGCCUGCCUCGAAUACAGGCAAAGGGUGGGGAGGAGGGAGAUAGAGGGCAUCAGUGGUGGGAAUGUUGCACUGGUGAAGGGGGCUGUUCUUUGUAUAACUGAAACCAAACUACAAUCGUGUUUGUAAUCAUGGUGUUUAACUAAAGACAUUAAAAAAAAAUAAAACAAUGUGACUAAUUUCAA